ACAGGAUUAAUUUUUGUCAUUGGAGUAGUUGGCAAUGGAAUGGUCGUAGCUUUGAUCGUUUUCCUUCGCCGGCGAGGCCAAUCAUCAUCUGUCCAGUUAUUUCUCCUUCACCUGGCCAUUUCUGAUCUGAUGGUAUGCCUGCUGUGUGUUCCGUUGACCAUUUUUAGUAAUUUUCACUACCCCAAUGAGUACCAUGUCAGAGACAAUGGCUUGUGUAAGCUUUCUCGCUUCAUGCAGGUAAAUCAACUGACGAUCAAUGAAUAGACCUUCGUUAAGAGUUUUAUCAGGAGUUGCCCACGACAAGUUUUAGUGACCUUCAAGUAAAACCUUGAGAGCCCGUAGUGCAGACUUUGCUUCUACGUCAACUGAAAAGACAAAUGCUUAUAAAAUGCUCACGUUCAGAUACUAUAACAUGUUUUUGAUGGUUCUAUUUUCUGUCUGAUUAGCUAGUAGACACUGUGCGGUAUUGCUAAAGUGAGAAAGGGUGACAAUAACAAGCAUGGGGAACGGGAAAAUGAACAUGGGACAAAACCUUUAACUUAAACCCUAGCCCUGUCAGUAUUCAUUUGCUAUGCUCCGUUUUGCUUCUAUUUUUCAUUUUCUCUUUCAACUUUUCACGACACCGUUAUUAUUGUUUAUCUGAUCAGAAACUUACGCCCUCCUUUCCAAAUGUCAUCAAUCGGAAUCCUUUAGCUCAGCAGGUGAAGUCGAUUCCUUGCGGCGCCACAGGCGAGGAUCCACACCGGUUUCAAAUGUUUUGCAAAAAACAGUCACAUUAUUAGAUUUAAACCAGUUAAAUAGUGGUAAAGGCACGUGUUAUUGGCAAUUGCGUUAUUCAAAAUUCGAAAGACAGUUGCUGGAUUCGCGGCUGCGCAACAGAAAGAAAGGAAAUAAAACAGAAUAUGCAAAUGAUUUUCAGGAUUCUGAUGGCCACUUGUCAUAGUGGUCUUCACUUACCCGAAUUUUUUGGCUUUUCUGUCUUAACUCUUCAUAUUUCUUAAUCUACAGAAUCUUGGACCAGUAAUUUCCGUAAGCUUAUUGACAGUCAUAAGUAUCGACCGCUACAUGACGUUUGUAAGGCAAGAACUAACCCCUGUCCAGAGGGCUUGGUAUCUAAGACCUUCCUGGCUGACUUUUUUUGCUUGGAUCUACGGUACAGUUCAAAACCUUCCAGUGUUCCACUCAGCUGAAGUUGUCCCUAUUGACUAUAAGAACCACACAAUAUAUUACUGCACCACCACACAAAGCAAGAGACUCUUUGGGAGGAUUUACCUUGCAGUAUCUGUCUUACUUGGGUUUGUGAUACCUUUUGCAACCAUGACCAUAUCAUACUAUCGUGUAAUAAGAGUGGUAUGGACCAGAAAACGCAGAUUGUCAUCUUCCUUGGACGCUAAAUCUAACGCCACGAUAGCGAACGAAAAGCUCCUAGAGCGUACCGGAAAGAAGGUCCUUCGUGUUUUAUUGAUUGUUGUUAUUUGCUUUGUAAUUUGCUGGCUACCGUUUACUCUCUAUCAUGGUAUAUUAGAACGAUAUCUGAGGGAGUUUCCAAACCCUAUGGAUGCAGUGCGGCUUAUUACCUAUGGUGUGGGCCUGGCAAACUCGACUUGCAAUCCGUUCAUUUACUAUUUCAACGUUGGUGGAAAAUCAUUUCACUCCAUUAAAAGAAGGUUUGUAGAGGCGAUGAGAGACAAAACAAGAAAGUCAUCCAGCAUUGCCGAGAGAAGCGAAAACCUUGAAAGAUUUGAAUGCAAGGCUGAAGUUUCUAUGCAUGUAAUGGAGUUGGACUUUCCACGAAAAAGUUCGGCUUGUCCUAAACCCAACGACACAUUAGACAAUAAUUUUGCACCUUUUGCAUAUAGCAACAAUCUUCCAGGUUCUGAAGAGGAUGAUAAGACAUUUAAUACCCGUUUCUAG